CGGGAAUGUCCACAGCCAAAAGGCUGGUUCUCUCGCUACGCGGUCGCAAACAUUCACAAGGCAACACAGCGACAUCGUCAACGCGACUGGUAUCAGCUGGCACCUCACCCGGCCAUGAGCUUGACGAAAUAGCUGUUGUGUCGGGAACAGGUGGUUCCAGCCAUCAUCUCACCUAUGGUGGCAUUGGAAGUGAGUUAAAUAAUGGACCCAGAUACUCAACAGAUUUAGGAUCAAAGUUUGGCAUGUCUCAGCCAAAAUUUGGUCAAAGUGUCUCACAACAAGGUUUCUUCACAUCACACGACAGUUUAGCCACACCAUGCGCAUCACGUGCCUCCAAUCCUCAUGUGGCUACCGUAAGCACUGCCUCCGAAAUGGAUUUACUUCACAACAAACAGCGACACAAAGCACGUGGGCGUCUGAAAACAGGAAGUAGUGGCGAGCAACCUUUGCUUGGCUCUUGGAAUCGUUCAACUGCACGCGGGUCACAAGAUAACACUUUAAGUGGUGGCUUUGCGGGAAGCAAUCAAUUUAGUGGGAAUUUUUGUAAUGGAACUGAUAGAUAUCCCCGCUCACGUUCGGGAGCCUCCACUACAACUGUUCAGCAUAGCCAUCAACAGCUACAACAGCAACAGCAACAACAACAACAAUAUGCAUUAAAACAUUCAACAUCUGUCACACAUUCACAUCAUCAACAGCAUCAACAACAGCAACAACAACAGUUACAAACACAACAACAUCAACAAUUGCAUCGAAGCGCCUCGCAGCGGUUUCGAGCUGCCACUGCCUCGCGAAAAUUCCACUUUGUGUUCGAUCCUGCGGGGCGUUUGUGCUACUACUGGUCAAUGGUAGUAUCACUAGCGUUCCUAUAUAAUUUCUGGGUGAUAAUCUAUCGUUUCGCCUUUCAAGAGAUCAAUAGACGUACAAUAUUUAUUUGGUUUUGUCUGGAUUACUUUUCGGAUUUUUUAUAUCUUAUAGAUAUAUUUUUUCAUUUUCGUACCGGAUAUCUGGAGGAUGGUGUCCUACAAACUGAUGCCACAAAACUACGUCAACACUAUAUGAAUUCAACAACCUUCUACAUCGAUUGCUUAUGCUUACUGCCAUUAGAUUUUUUAUAUCUUUCGAUUGGAUUCAAUUCCAUAUUGCGUUCAUUUCGUUUGGUUAAAAUUUAUAGAUUUUGGGCAUUUAUGGAUCGUACUGAACGGCAUACGAACUAUCCAAACCUAUUUCGUUCGACUGCAUUGAUACAUUACCUACUUGUGAUAUUCCAUUGGAACGGGUGUCUGUAUCAUAUUAUACAUAAAAAUAAUGGAUUCGGGUCAAGGAAUUGGGUAUAUCAUGAUUCCGAAUCGGCCGAUGUAGUUAAACAAUAUUUACAAAGUUAUUAUUGGUGUACGUUAGCUUUAACAACGAUCGGGGACUUACCGAAGCCGCGAUCAAAGGGUGAAUAUAUAUUUGUGAUAUUGCAAUUGCUAUUUGGAUUGAUGCUAUUCGCAACCGUGUUGGGACAUGUAGCGAAUAUAGUGACGUCAGUGAGUGCAGCACGCAAAGAAUUUCAGGCCAAAUUGGAUGGUGUGAAAACCUACAUGCGUAUGAGGCGUGUACCAAAUCAUCUGCAGGUAAAAGUCAUUAAAUGGUUCGAUUACCUGUGGCUGACCCAAAAAUGUUCGGAUGAGGAGCGAGCUGUAUCCUGUCUUCCUGAUAAAUUAAAGGCUGAAAUAGCAAUUAACGUCCAUUUAGACACACUUAAACGCGUUGAAAUAUUCCAAAACACCGAAGCGGGCUUUUUGUGUGAACUGGUGCUGCGACUUAGGCCGGUCCUAUUUUCACCUGGUGAUUAUAUAUGCAGAAAAGGCGAGGUGGGCAAGGAGAUGUACAUUGUGAAUCGUGGUCGUUUGCAGGUUGUUGCUGACAAUGGAAAAACUGUGAUGGCAUCACUGAAGGCAGGUUCCUACUUUGGCGAAAUUAGUAUACUCAAUAUGGGCACAGCAGGUAAUCGGCGCACAGCUUCCGUGCGUUCGGUCGGCUACAGUGACUUGUUCGUGCUCAGCAAAAAGGAUAUGUGGGAUGUCCUUAAGGAGUAUCCAGCUGCGCGCGUACGCCUAGAAUCGAUAGCAGUCAAACGUCUGGAAAAGUAUAAGAAAGCUCCACUCGAAAAAGUAAAAUACUUUAAUACAGUUGCCAUGGGACGCUGUCAAUCAACACCUGGCUUAGUAGAGAGUUGCGGACGUACGACACUUGAGGACAUGUGGCUACCAGGUGGUGCACCACCAAUGCAAUAUCAUCAGCAACAGUACCAGCAGCAACAGCUGCAACAACAACAGCAGCAACAACUUUUAUUGUCACAGCAGCAGCAACAACAGCAAUUGAUACAGCAACAGCCGCAUCAAAUAUUGCCCUACAGUCGUGCUCAAAGCCCGCGCUCAACGCUUACAUUCACGGAACGCACAACGCGCGUUACCGACUCACCGGGUUCCUUAAGUCCCAGUGUGCAUAGUUCAGAUGAUAGACCUCGCAGCCGCGCAGCCUCGCAUCAUUCUACACGCCCACAGUCACAGCCAAGUCGAUCAGGUCAUAUUUGUGAUUCGAGUACACGACUUGAAUUUUAUGGAGGGGAAUUGUCAGUGGCCGCUGUAACGGGAAGUGGUACAACGCCAUUACUUGGUUCACAUGAAGCUCUUGAGGAUGAAAUAAAACGACUACGUGAACGUUUACAUACCGUAGAAUCAGAGAAUCAAGCACUCAAUACCAAACUCUCGCAACAGCAAUGGGACUUGGAGAAUCGCUUGGCUGAGAUUGAAAUGCAAAUAUGUGGCGUCUCGUCAACUUCCAGCCUGGAUCCGGAUAACGAAACUGACGAAAUGGAGCGCAAUCGCGAAAGUAUCAUAUAACACGGGAGCGAGCUGCCCCAUCAACCGAUCGGAGCAGCAACUGCAACUUUGAAAGCGGUGAAGCAAAAAAAACUUUCCGACGUAUCUG